UAACAAAAUCGUGUUUGAUAAUUGACGUUAAGACGUGUGGUUAUUGUUAGUUUUUUCCAAGUCUAAAGUUUAUACUGAACACAAAAUGCCUACAAUCAAUAUCAAAAGAGAUUUGCUUUUCGAGGAGCUGGGAACUACUUACACUGAUGAAGAAUUUGAAAACUUGUGCAUCUCAUAUGGUUUAGAGCUUGAUGAAGUGACGUCUGAAAAACAAAUGGUCACUAAAGAGCAAAACAUGUCCAAAUCAGAAGGUGCUUCUGAUGAUAUAAUUUAUAAAAUCGAUAUACCAGCUAACCGUUACGAUUUGUUAUGUUUAGAAGGACUAGUGGAUGCAUUACUUGUAUUCCAAAAAAAAAUGGAGUUACCUCGGUUUAAAGUUCUGCAGUCUAAAAAACCCCUUAAAGUAUUUGUUAAAUCAAAUACAAAACAAAUUCGGCCUUAUAUUGUUGCAGCUGUGUUGAGAAAUGUUGCAUUUAAUCAAGCGAGAUAUACUAGUUUUAUAGACUUGCAGGAUAAAUUACAUCAAAAUAUUUGUAGAAAGCGAUCACUUGUUGCCAUUGGUACUCAUGACUUAGAUACUAUUCAAGGUCCUUUCACAUAUGAUGCUUUACCACCUAGUGAUAUCAAAUUUCAAGCUUUGAAUCAAUCAAAAGUCUUCAGUGCUUCUGAACUAAUGGACAUUUAUUCGACACAUCCUCAAUUGAAACAAUAUUUGAGUAUUAUCAAAGACAGUAGUGUAUAUCCAGUUAUUACAGACAUUAAUGGAACUGUAUUAUCUAUGCCCCCUAUUAUUAAUAGUCAUCAUUCAAGGAUUACUUUACAGACGAAAAAUAUCUUCAUCGAGUGUACAGCUACUGAUCUUAAGAAAGCAAAUAUUGUUUUGGAUACAGUUCUGUGCAUGUUCAGUAAAUAUUGUUCAAAUAAGUAUUCAGCAGAAAGGUGUGAAAUUGUAUACCCAGAUGGAUCAGUAAAAUUAUACCCAGAACUUAAAUAUCGCAAGGAAACAGUGAAUCGGAAGAAAGUGAAUUCAUAUUUAGGGAUUAGUGAAAAUUUAGACAACCUGUCCACUGCUUUAUCAUCAAUGUGUUUGAAAAGUACUGUUCUGAAAGAAUCUGAUGGAAUCGUUGUUGAAGUACCACCAACUAGACAUGAUAUUAUUCAUGCAUGCGACUUAUACGAAGAUGUUGCUAUUGCUUAUGGUUAUAAUAAUAUACCUAAAACAUUACCUAAGACAUCAACAAUUGGCUCUCAACUACCUAUUAAUUCUUUAUCGGACAAAGUCAGAAAUGAAAUCGCAUAUUGUGGUUUCAAUGAAGUAUUGACUUUCUCCUUGUGUUCAAAAGAAGAUGUUUCGUCUAAACUUCGUAAAACAUUUGACAUUGAACGUACUGUACGCAUAAGCAACCCAAAAACAUUGGAAUUCCAAGUUGCACGUACCAAUCUCUUGUCUGGACUUUUGAAAACAAUUUCAGCUAAUAAAAAAAUGCCACUGCCCAUGAAAUUAUUUGAAGUAACUGAUGUGGUGCUUAAAGAUUCUACUAGUGAAGUUGGAGCACGGAAUCAAAGAAAUGUGUGUGCUAUAUAUUAUGGUAAAACUCCAGGUUUUGAAAUUGUCCAUGGUUUAAUGGACAGACUCAUGCAAAUGUUAAAUGUUCCAUUUUCUACUGGAAGUGAAAAUACCUAUCAAAUUAAAGCAGCAAAUGAUGAUACUUUCUUCCCAGGUCGUUGUGCACAAAUUUUUUAUCGUGGACAUAUUAUUGGAUCAAUGGGUGUUUUACAUCCAGAAGUACUUACUGCUUAUGAACUAACUAUGCCAUGUUCAGCAUUUGAAAUCAAUCUUGAACCUUUUUUGUAAUUAUAUGAUUGAAUGAAAAAUAUUGAUAUAAUUUAUUCAAAUGAAA